GAUCAUGGCGGCCGGCUCAGGCCUGACAGCUGCGGCGGGGUGUGCGCUGAUGCCGGCAGAGUGUGUAGUAAAAUUAAAGAUGUGUGUGUGUGUAAAGCGCGGUUCGGUUUGGUGUUUCCGGUAGUAAACCGUGUCUUGGCGUUGUGUGAGACUCCCGAGACGCCGCUGGCAGAGUGUUUAGCGCUCGCAGCUGUGUGUGUCUCCCCCCGCCGCUGAGAGCUCAGUGGUUGAGUCCGGCUCGCCUGGCUGUGUCCCGGGAUGACCUGUUGAUGUGUGUGGAGUGAGACACGGUGCGGGGACCGGAGACAGUGCAGGGACCGGGGACCGUGCAGGGGACAAGAGACCGUAAAGGGGACCGGGGACAGCAUGUGAACAAGCCUGAACACUGUUUCUGCGGGCGGGAGCAGCGCGGGACGCGGAGACACACCGGGUUCUCUCUCCGCCGUCGGGAGCUGAAGCGCGUGGCCGAUCUCAGAGUUCCGUGGUGGUGCCGGCCGUAGCGCCAUGGCUCAGACUCUUCAGAUGGCGAUCCCCAACUUUGGCAACAACGUUCUGGAGUGUCUGAAUGAGCAGCGGCUACAGGGCCUGUACUGUGAUGUGUCUGUGGUGGUGAAAGGCCAUGCCUUCAAGGCGCAUCGGGCCGUACUGGCAGCCAGUAGCGCAUACUUCCGUGACCUCUUCAACAGUGGUGCUGGGAGCAAAGCCCCGGCCGUGGUGGAGCUGCCGCCCGCUGUUCAGCCUCAGAGCUUCCAGCAGAUUCUGGCCUUCUGCUACACAGGCCGCCUCAGCAUGAACGUUGGCGAUCAGUUCCUCCUCAUGUACACUGCUGGCUUCCUGCAGAUCCAGCAGAUUAUGGAGAAAGGCACAGAGUUCUUCCUGAAGGUCAGCUCACCCAGCUGUGACUCUCAGGGCCUCCACGUCGAGGAAACACCACCAUCUGAACCUCAGAGUCCAGUUACUCAGACAACAGUCAGUGUCUCGGCCAACGGAGGAGGAGGAGGAGGGGUAGCAGUGACUGCCACCAGCCGCCCUGCGUCCUGUCUCACCCCGCUGCCUCUUGUGUCCCGAGUGAAGGCCGAGCAGCCCGAGGUUUCACCCUACUCUGUGGUCUGCACUCCUGUGGCCAAGCGUCUUUGGGAAGGUGGGAGUCGGGACGGUACCGGGGCGUCUGGGGGAUCCGGUGGACGCAAGGCGGCACGAUUUUCGCAGGAGACAAUGCGUGGUAGUGCGAUCCAGCCACAGGGACUGGCUGUAGGAAUGGGCGUGGGACCUGGAGGCCAUGCCGCUAACGUUAACGGCAAUGGGAAUGGUUCCAGCAGCAGCGCCACCCCCGAGGGCACUAGCCCUGGCACUGUGAGUGCUUAUACCAGCGACUCUCCCAUCUCUUAUCACGAUGAUGAGGAGGAAGAAGAGGCGGCAGAGGACGGGGCUGAGGAACAGUACAGGCAGAUCUGCAACAUGUACACCAUGUACAGCAUGCUCAACAUGGGCGCUGCAGCGGGCGAGAGAGUGGAGGCACUCCCGGAUCACUCUGAGACUCGGAGUCGAAUGCGUGGACGUCAGGACCUGGCCUCUCUCCCUGCAGAACUCAUCGCUCAGAUCGGAAACCGCUGCCACCCCAAACUCUAUGAGGAGGGCGACCCUGCUGAGAAACUGGAGCUCGUCACAGGAACUGGUGUGUUCAUCUCCAGAGCUCAGCUGAUGAACUGUCAUGUCAGUGCAGGAACCAGACAUAAAGUCCUGCUGAGGAGACUGCUGGCCGCAUUCUUUGACAGGAGCACUUUGGCGAACAGCUGUGGGACAGGGAUUCGCUCCUCCACUAAUGAUCCGAGUCGUAAACCUCUGGACAGCCGCGUUCUCCACGCUGUUAAAUAUUACUGCCAGAACUUUGCGACCAGUUUUAAGGAGAGCGAGAUGAACGCCAUCGCAGCGGACAUGUGCACUAACGCUCGGCGCGUGGUGAGGAAGAGCUGGAUCCCUAAACUGAAGCUGCUGAUGGCCGAGAGUGACGCGUACGCAGGUUUUCUCCCUGAUGCCGUCAAAAUGGAGGCCGAGGCUCUCGGAGCCGACCCCACCUUUGAGGCAGCCGACCUUGAGGGUGGAGCCUCUUUGGAGACUGCUCCUUCCUCUGGUGAAUCACUGCAGGGCGUGGCUGGAGACACCAGUGCUCUGUUCCAAUGAGUGUGUCUGAAUGAAGACGGCCGUGACCCAUGUCCCCAUCUCGCCGUCUCCGCCCUGCAUCUUCUCUGCGUAACUCUGUAGGUGCAGUUUAACAGAGAAAGACGCUUUUUUCUUUUUAUUCUUUCUUCCUCUAUUAUUUUUUUUCUCCCCCAAAUAACUGAUUUUUUUUGCACAGAAGCCCCUUCGCUUCUUCAUGCUUUAUAAAACUGUAUAUCAUGUGA